AUGAAGGCUCAAGACACCAAAACACUGCCCAGAUUUUGGUCUGACAUUGAACACGAUUUCUUUGCCCAGUGGCCGACCCCUGAGGCGGAGCAACAGAGUGCUGAACAACAGGUCAACACCAACCCUAAGAACAAGAAGAAAAAGAAAAAGAAGACUGCCAGUGUUACUAUGGAGCUGCCAGUUGUCUUGGACCUUGCAGUCUGGACGGCAAAGCGCAAAGAAACAAUCUAUAAUUGGUUCAAUAACCACCAGCUGAGCAAGGGUCGGCGCACUGGCAAAGUCGGCAAGAAUGUCCAGCUCACCUUACAGCCUUCAGGGUCACGCAUUCCUUCUGAAUCCCAAAUUUAUUCCAAGUUAUACUAUGAAACACGUGUGAAGCCUCAAGUGGAGUUGGAACUUCAACGCCUGAAGCCAGAAGACGAGACCAAGGGUGAUGAUGGCAUCGAAGGGGACAAGCAUAUCACCAUCAUCAAUAGAGUCACAGCCGAGGUUUACAAGAAGGAGACAGAAGAAAUCAAAACGCAAGUCCAUGCUGAGAGAGAGGCCCGCAUUAAGGCAAAAGAAACAAUGACGGACGCCAUGAAGACCGUGCUUGACCCGGCCACGCAAACAACACCAGCGGGCCUUAUGUUGUGA